AAAAGAGUGAAACAAGUAAACAAAUUAUUCAUUACACUUCAAGCCGUCAAAGGAGUAAAGCUGAUUUUAAAAUAUACCAGAAACACAAAAAAAUAAACAUUACAUGAUGGGUCACUGUAAUUGUAAACAACGAGGAGUUCCAUGCUAUUGUAAUUCAAACCAUCAUCAGCCACAUCAUCCAAUCCAUCCACCUGCACAUCCAAUUCAUCCAAUUCAUCCACCUGUACAUCCAAUUCAUCCUCCAUCAUAUCCAGUUCAUCCAGUACAACCAAUUUAUCCACCAGUUUAUCAGCCUGUCCAUACACCAAUUCAACAGCCAAUGUAUCCACCAUCAGUUGGAGUUGUCGUUACUCCUGGGUUCCCUGGACAUGGCCCACAUCAUCAUCAUCACGGACCGACUCAUCAUCAUGGAUCCCAUCAUGGUCAUGGUCAUCAUGGUCACAAUCAUGGACAUGGACAUAGACAUUGAUGAUUAAUGUGAAAUUUUAUUAAUGCAAUAUGACGUUUUUUUUAUAUAUGCUUUAUCAAAAUUGCUAAGUACUUAUAUCGAAUCGAACUCAUUGUCAAGAUUGAUAAUUAUUUUACUACUUAAUGUAUGACUAAUAA